AUUAAGCACGAGAUAUAGAAAGAUGAAGGAUAGUAUUCCAGUGAUUGAUCUUGAGAAUAUUUCAGAUCAAGUGGAGCGCAACAAGCUAAGAGAAGCAUGUGAAAAAUGGGGUUGUUUCAGGAUCAUUAACCACUCUGUUCCUGCAACCCUCAUGGCAGAGAUGAAGAUGGUGGUUGGUACAUUGUUUGAUCUUCCUAUGGAGAUCAAGAUGCGCAAGGUAAGUGCCGGUUAUGGCAGUGGUUACACACCACCACGUGUUGCCGAUCCUCUCCAUGAGGCUUUAACCCUCUAUGACUUGGGUUCCUCACAAGCUCGGCACGAAUUCUGCACUCAACUCGAUGCCUCGCCCCAUCAGAGGGAAAUAAUGGAGGAAUAUGGCAAAACAAUUCAUGAUUUGGCGGUAAAAAUAGGACAAAAGAUGGCUGAAUCACUGGGCAUACAAGGUGUUGAUUUUGGGGAUUGGCCAUGCCAAUAUAGAGUUAACAAAUAUAAUUUCACACCAAAAGCUAUGGGGUCAUUUGGAAUUAAACUACACACAGAUUCUGGGUUCCUAACAAUUCUUCAAGAUGAUGAAAAUGUCGGUGGCCUUGAAGUGAUGGACAGUUCUGACAAAUUUGUGCCUCUUCCUCCAUUUCCAGGAUCCCUUCUUGCAAACCUAGGAGAUGUUGCUCAUGCAUGGAGUAAUGGAAGGUUUUGCAAUGUGAAGCACCAUGUGCAAUGCAAAGAAGCCACUACACGUUUUUCAAUUGCUACAUUCAUGUUAGCACCAAGAAAUGGAAAUGUUGAGGCCCCAGCAGAGGUGGUAGACCAUGAUCACCCACGUCUGUAUCAGCCUUUCAAUUUUGAAGAAUAUAGGAUGCUCAGAUCCUCAAAGAAAAUACGCACUGGUGAAGCACUUGAGUUGUUACGCCUGACCUAGUGAUUGGAAGUAGGAUUUAGGAAGUGUGCAAGUUCAACUGAAAUCUUUUGUUAUAACUAUCAUGCUCAUACAAUUUUUAAAUUGAGAUGACACAAUUCUAUUAAAAUGAUAGGUAAGUGGACAACCAAAGGGGGAUAGAAGAUUUCGAUCCACACCAUAUCUCUGCAAGUUUUACUGCAAAUUUCAAGCAUUUCCUUCUGCUCUGAAACCCUCAGUUAUGUGUCUUUCUCUCAAAAU